UUUAGAAAAAAAAAACAAAAGAAGAACUUUCAUCGAUCAUAACGCGUCGCUUGCCAGGACGACAAAGUGUGGGGAUAAUGUUGCUGGCGUCUUUAAGGCUACUCCUUUAAACAAUGCACGCCCGACACCUGUUAAGUAAUAUAAAUAGGAACAGUCUCGGAUACACGUCGAAGGCCACGACGUAGUUACAUGGAGUUAUAAGGAACUCCGAUAAUGAAAGUUUUAACGCUCAACGUCGCCCGACGCAGCCGAGUAAAUCGUGUUCCCGAUAAAUGAAGAUAAUUGAUUUAAAUCAGUCUGUCGUUUCUGUUGAUACGAUAUCCUGUUGUGUCUACAUAUAUCUCGAAGCGACAACUAAUCUUAUCCUACCCAGAACUGUUAUCUAAAUCAACUUGGAGCGCUUCUCGUAUCAGAAUGAAAUAUUUUGAUCAGCAUGUGCGCGCUACUAUUUCCAUGCAGUGCGGCACGGUCGUCCGGUAAUCCCGGAGGGGAACGAACGGUCGUCGAGGACGGCAGGACGAGGUGCGGAGGUGCGUUAGCGCGCUCCGAUUUUCAGAUUUCCUGCGAGACGUCGGAGGGGGAGUCGAGUCUCUCUCCGCCAAAGGCAGAAGAGACCCCGGAGCGCGUGCACAUGGCAUGUAUAUACAUGGGACACACGUACGCGUCUCCUCUCGGUAUGCGCGUGUUCCCUCCUCGCCCGCCCUACGAGCGGCCCCAGAAUCCGACGAAUCUCUCUGGUGGGGAGGAGAUCCGGCAGGAGCAGAAGGAAGAAUAUUGAUCGAGGGUAGGCAUGCGCCUGAGCCACGUUAUCUUUCUCGUCCCACCCAGCGUCGGGACGGCGGCAGCGGCGGCGACGGCGGAGCGCCAAGCCCAAGGUGGGUGAUAAUGGGACAUGCGUCGCGUUGGUCAGUACUCCGAGGUCCACGUCGGCGUGACGAUUGGGAGUAACGCGCGCUUGGUGCGCCUAGGUCGAGGAUUCUGGUCGGUUGAUCGGUCGGUGCUCCAAGGGCGUGUCGAUUGCAAGGACAGGCCGUUCUCUCCACCCCGUGCCGGGUGCAUCGAACUAUGGCCCGCUCCGAAUCGGCGCAGAAUCUGCGGCGGCGGCGGCAAACGUAGCCGGGAAGCGGGAGGCAGCGGCACGUAACGAGCGAGGGCUCAUUCAGCGACGGUGAUUUCACGCUAGCGAGCACACGGACGGACGGACGCGCCAUGUCCGACUUGGACGACGGACGAGUCAUGUCCGACCUGGACGACGAGACCGACACUUCCUGCGGGGAGGAGCAAGUUGUCUCGGACUGGGAGGUCCGGCAGGAGUGGCUCGAGAGCAUAUUGUCCAAGCACUACAACGGGAGACCGGUCGAAAUCUUGAAGUUUGACGUAAACCCCGGAUGCGCGACGAGCGAGAGCGUGCUGAGCGCGAUCACCAGCGUUACGGUAAAGUAUCUAGCGGCAAUUACGACGAAUAAGCCGAAGGACAGGUGCAAAGUGACCCUUAUCAUAAAGCAACUCCCCAAGGAUCCGUUCAGCCGCUUUUUCGUUACAGAAGGCCAAUUCGAUCUCCGAGAGAUUAAGUUUUAUACGCAGGUGAUGCCGGACUUGAAGGAAUUCAAUAAGAAACAACUAGCGUCGUCACAGGAGAUAAUCGUACUACCAGUUCCGCGGUGCUUUCACGCUCAUUACAGCCCCGCGGGCGGAACUGACGACAGCCCGAUUCCGCCGGAAUCGAUGCUGGUGUUGGACGACUUGAGCGACUUGUACAAGAGCGUGAAAUUCUCGGAAGGACUGACGCUGAAUCAAGCGACGGCAGCGUUAGACGCCAUCGCCCGCAUACACGCCCAUUCCCUGUCGAUGAAGGUCGUAGACGGACAAUCUCUCUCCGAGCGUUAUCCGUUUCUCUUCCAAACGGCGAAGGCGACAGACUCGUACCAGCAAUUGGUGGAGCGCGGUUUACCGCAGCUGGCCCACUUCCUGGAGAGUAGACCAGGAUUAGAGGCGGUCCUCGAGACUCUGCUAGUCCUACGACCCCGCACCAAAGACAUCAUCUCGGCCCUUCUCGCUCCCAAGGGCCCGCUGGCGUUGAUAACCCACACCGACUUCUGGAGCAAUAAUCUGCUUUUCAGAGAUGACAACGGGACGACCGACUGCUUCAUUCUCGACUGGCAAAUGGUCACUUACAGUCGGCCGACGAACGAUGUCGCAUUGUUAUUGGUGAGUUCAGUGCCCACCGAGUUACGGCGCAAGCAUACGAAGACGCUUUUGAACACGUAUUGGGACAAGCUGAACUGGACGUGCUCGCAACUUGGCCUAGAUAUACCCAAGGAUUUAGGUUACACCAGGGAAGAUCUCGACCAGGACUACAGGAAGUCCCAGCUGCUGGCGCUCUUACUCUGCAUCGGAUCGGUGGACGUCGCACUCGGCGAUCCCCUCACGGAGCAACGACUGAUCGACGUCCUCGAGGAUCUGUAUAACGACGGCGUACUGACGGACGAAGCCAUCGUCGCGACGUACGUUAAAGACAAGGCUCGUCGUCUUUAACACCGCUGCCACGGUUAGCGUAUGCACCGAAGAAUUAAUAUUUCUGUCAGGGCUGUGACUCUAAGCGAAGAGUUUCACGUGAAGCAAUAGAUAGCCCGUUUGUAGUUUAAAGACACAAUCUUUGUGUACCCAAUCCAAAGGAGGCUUAAACCAGCAAUAACAUGAAUGCCGGCACCGAAGAGGAUAGCUGCAAGAAGCACGUCGGAAGAACACGAACGGUGGAAGUUAAAAAUUUCCGUUCUCUUUGCGAGACGAGACACCGAGAUGACCGGGACAAAAUGGCUCGAGAUCGAUAUGCUUAGAGGAUACAAUAGAUGUCUCAGUUAUAUAUUAAUGUAAGCUUUGACAACCUAUCGGCCAUCGCUCCUUAAAAGCUACACUAUUUCAAUGACUAUUCGCACUCGCUUGCAAUUUGAUGAAAGUCUCAAAGGUAAAAAGAUAAUCGGAAGCAAAUCUUUUUAGGAGAAGCUGCAUAACAAACGUAUUGAUUUACAAAACGUUUCUCCAAUGUGAUUUUGAUCAAUUGGUUUUCUGCUCACAGACACAAAUUGCUAAUGGACGUCUUUAAUGCGCUGUGCCAAGUCGUUAAAGAUCUAGGCAAGUAGUUGUGAUACGAUAAUUAAGACGAAGCAAUUAUUAAGAAUCAACUAGAUCCAUGAUUAACGAUAUAGGACUUAUAUCAAAGUUAUAGAGUAUUUUCGAGAUAUACGUGAAACAUAAAACAAUUAUACGUUCCAUUUGCCCGAAUACGUCCCGUGAUAAACUUCUUCCGACAAUUAUUCCAGCGAACGCGCUGUUAUGUUAACGCUAUAUACAAUUAUUGUACUAUCCAUUUUCUCUGUAUAAACUAUAUGGAUAAAAUAUACUUCGAUGUUAUCACGAAUA